UUCGCUUAUUUCAUUCGCUCGUCGCGUCGCCUUUGCCUUGCCUCGCUCGGUUCCAAACGCAAAGCACCCAAUUCCAUUUCCGUUCCCCUCUCGGCGAACAGCCUCGCCUCCUCCUCCUCCUCGCCGCCGACGCCGACGCCGACGCCUCCCCGGCAUUUGGUUCGCGCGGGUGGUGCCGUGAGAUACGUGGUGGACGGGGUAGGGAUGGAGUCGGACGCCUCCACCUCGCCGCGCCGGCGGAGCACCAGCUGCUACAGCGACAGCGGCGAUUCGUCAUGCUCCGAGCCGUUCAGCGAGUGCGGCAGCGACGACCUCUCGUUCACGCCGGCUGCCGCCGCGGGAAUCCACCGGCUGCUGCUGUCGUGCGCGGCGGAGGCGUCGGACGGGACGAUCUCGUCGCUCGUCGCGGAGCUGGAGUCGCCGUCGUCGUCGCUGGACUCGCUACGGCGCGCCGCGAUGGAGCUCCGGCUGCUGGCGAAGCACAACCCGGACAACCGGAUUCGCAUCGCGGCGGCCGGGGCGGUGCGUCCGCUCGUCGCGCUGCUGUCGCACGCCGACCCGCUCCUGCAGGAGCACGGCGUCACGGCGCUGCUCAACCUGUCGAUCUGCGACGAGAACAAGGCGAUCAUCGUGGAGGCCGGCGCGAUACGGCCGCUCGUCCACGCGCUCAAGUCGGCCGCGUCGCCGGCCGCGCGGGAGAACGCGGCGUGCGCGCUGCUCCGCCUGUCCCAGCUCGACGGCUCCGCCGCGGCCUCCAUCGGCCGCGCGGGCGCCAUCCCGCUGCUGGUCUCCCUCCUCGAGACCGGCGGCGCGCGCGGCAAGAAGGACGCCGCUACGGCCCUCUACGCGCUCUGCAGCGGCGCGCGCGAGAACCGCCUCCGCGCCGUGGAGGCCGGUGCCGUGCGCCCACUGCUCGACCUCAUGGCCGACCCGGAGACCGGCAUGGUGGACAAGGCCGCCUACGUCUUGCACUCCCUCGUCGGCAUCGCCGAGGGCCGCUCCGCCGCCGUCGAGGAAGGCGGCAUCCCCGUCCUCGUCGAGAUGGUGGAGGUCGGCUCCCCGCGGCAGAAGGAGAUCGCCACCCUCUCCCUCCUACAGAUCUGCGAGGACAGCGCUGCCUACCGCACCAUGGUCGCCCGCGAGGGCGCCAUCCCUCCCCUCGUCGCCCUCUCCCAAUCCUCCUCCGCCCGCCCCAAGCUCAAAACCAAGGCGGAGGCGCUGAUCGAGAUGCUACGGCAGCCACGGAGCGCGAGCCUGCGCGCGAGGCCAACGGCGGUCGUUGCGGCGGAGUGACCCUGACCUCGUUCAAUUCAAGUCCCCAACUUGGCGGUGCCCCAGGUGUUGUGCUUUGCUUCCCCUAUUCCGGCGGCGACCGGGGCCGGCGCCGGCCGCCGGCGCGCGCGUGUAAAUAUACCAAUCAGCGUGUUUGCGUCCGCGAGCGAGUGUACAUUUUCCUCAAGCGAGAUGACGACGAAGGCGAUGGUGGAGCGAAGAAAAGUCUCUUGUAAUUUCAUUCUUCCCCACCACUUGUUUUUUUUUUCACUUCACUUUUAUCCCCUACCUUGCUUGGUUGUUUCCUCCUCGUCAAACGAGGAGAAGGUUGUGCAAAAAAAAAAAAAAAGCUACAAAAAUUUCAUGUGUGAGCGUGUGGUAUCAAACAGUGAGAAUUUGUGCUAUGUGUGUGUUUUAGUUGGGGAAAAGGAAAUUUUUUGGUGUC